GGAAAGUGAAAUUAAGUAAAAUCUUUAAAAAUAAACCAAACGACCGAAGCACUGGUUGGGUCUCGACAGUUCGCAGCCGCCCGGCAUCUCUCAACCGUCGGCAAAUGGAAACUCAGUAUCUUCUCGCCGGGAGCUGUCGUUUGUGCCUCCUGAGACCUCCCAAAUCAAAGAGUUUUAGGGUUUAUUCCCGCCAACGCUGUUCCGCAGAUCGAGCUUUAGCUCGUAAGAUAUGUGGGCACUGGAAGCUAGAAGGAAGUGUUGAUAUGGAUUCUAUUUCAUUAAUACGUACAUUGGCUAUGGUAUUGUGCUAUGCAGAUAAUGGAUAUUUCACACAGGCCCAGGCCAUUUGGGAUGAGAUGUUGAAUAGUUCUUUCGUUCCUAAUAUUCAAAUUAUUUCAGAAUUAAUUGAUGCUUAUGGAAAUAAUGGCCAUUUUGAUGAAAUAACCAGAAUUGUGCGCCAGUUGAGCUCAAGGGACUUAGAAUUGUUUCCUGAACUUUACAAAGUGGCUAUUUCUUGCUUCGGCAAAAGAGGGCAACUGGAAAUGAUGAAAAAUAUGUUGGAGGAAAUGGUUUCGAAGGGUUUCUGUGUGGACUCUCGUACUGGAAAUGCCUUCGUUAUAUAUUAUAGCAAGUUUGGUUCUCUGACUCAGAUGGAAGCUGCUUAUGGCUGCCUUAGAAGAUCCAGAAUUCUUAUAGAGAAAGAAGGAAUCCGGGCAGUGUCACUUGCAUAUUUGAAAGAGAAAAAGUUCUACAAAUUGGGUGAGUUCCUCAGGGAAGUCGGUCUUGGCAGGAAAAAUGCAGGAAAUCUUCUGUGGAACCUCUUGCUGCUAUCCUAUGCUGCCAAUUUCAAAAUGAAAAGCUUGCAGAGAGAAUUUUUGAGAAUGGUGGAUGCUGGAUUUCGUCCCGAUGUCACUACAUUCAACAUCCGUGCUCUGGCUUUUUCAAAGAUGGCAUUGUUCUGGGAUCUCCAUCUGAGCAUAGAACACAUGAAUCAUGAAAAGGUUGUUCCUGAUCUUGUUACUUAUGGAUGUGUUGUUGAUGCAUACUUGGAUAAACGACUAGGGAGGAAUUUGGACUUCGUCUUGAGUAAAAUGAACUUGGAUGAUUCUCCUGUGGAGCUAACAGAUCCAUUUGUGUUUGAAGUUUUGGGCAAAGGGGAUUUCCAUUCAAGCUCGGAAGCAUUUUUGGAGUUCAAGAGGGGCAGGCAGUGGACGUACAGGCAGCUAGUUGCGAUUUACCUUAAGAAACAUUACAGAAGGAACCAAAUCUUUUGGAAUUACUGAUUGACAUUUUAAAUGAACAAUUGUAUAUCUUUGUUCAUAUCUUCAACCUGUUUCUUACAUUCUAACAAUUUGCUAAGUAGGAGAAUUCAAUUCCAAAAUAGAACGAUUCAAAAACUGAUUUAUAGCAUGUAGCAGAAAACACAUAACACGUGUAAAGGAGUUUGGGAGUUUUAUUUACAUUUUCUUUCUUCGUG